UGCGGCCCCGACGAGCCCCUCACACAGCUUCCCAGGCGGCCCCGACAUCACGGGCCGCUGGUGGGAGAAGCCGCGACCCUGACGGUGGGACACGGCUCGCUUCGGGUCCCGGGGGGUCAAAGAGGAGGAGCAGUGGACGCUUGGCGGACGGGACGGAGCAGAGCGAGGGCCGGGCGCUGCGCCGCUGACUUCUGCCCGUUUCAGGUCGCCCAGAAAAAGGGAGCCAGGGCCCUGCCUGCGCUCAGCCCGGAGGUGCUGUCCGUCUUCGUGCCACCCUUCGCCAGUAAGGACGACGGUCAGGCAGCCGGCACCAACUGCCCGACGCUGGGCAAAGCCAAGAGGCGCUCCUUCAGGAAGAAGAGGGAGAAGCCCCCCGGGAGGGGCCUCGCGGACGGCUCCCAGGGGCCGGGCUCGGAGGACGUCGGCAUCCCCAACGGCGUGGACCUGCUCGCCCUGCCGCAGCUGUGCUUCCCAGGAGGCAUGUGUGUGGCCUCUGAGCUGAAGGAGGACCGCAUCCACUUCCUGGUGCUGACCAACGUCUGUGGGGACAGGACGUACGGCGUGGUCGCCCAGUACUACCGGCCGCUGCACGACGAGUACUGUUUCUACAAUGGCAAAGCGCCCUGGGAGCCGAGCUGGCCGGCUGCCGGCUGCUUCAUGCCCUUCGCCGUGUGCGUGGUGUCCAGGUUCCCCUACUACAACGCCCUCAGGGACUGCCUCUCCUGUUUAUUGACUCAUCUGAAGUUCUGUAAAGAUUUUGAAGUUGACAAUCACAUAAAAGAUUUUGCUGCAAAACUAUCUUUGAUACCCAGCCCGCCUCCUGGACCACUCCAUUUGGUCUUUAACAUGAAGCCACUACAGAUCGUGUUCCCCGCGAGAGCGGACCCCGAGAGCCCGGUCAUCGACCUGGACCUUCACCUGCCCUUGCUCUGCUUCAGACCUGAGAAGGUGCUGCAGGUCCUGACGUGCCUCCUCACGGAGCAGAGGCUCGUGUUCUUCUCCUCCAACUGGGCGCUGCUGACGCUGGUCGCCGAGUGCUUCGUGGCCUACCUGCACCCCCUGCGGUGGCAGCACACGCUCGUGCCCAUCCUGUCGGAGCAGAUGCUCGACUUCGUCAUGGCGCCCACGUCCUUCCUCAUGGGCUGCCACCUCGACUACUUCGAAGAAGUCAGCAAGGAAGCUGACGGUUUGGUUCUGAUAAACAUCGAUGAUGGGACCGUCACCCACUCCCGCGACGGUGACCUGGCUGUCCCCGGCAUCCCUCUCCUGGCGGCACAGACGUUUAUUCAGAGGGUCCAGAGCCUCCAGCUGCACCACGAGCUGGACCUGGCUCACCUUGGCGCCAGCACCGACCUGAACAAUGGGCGGGCCCGCAGGUGGACCUGGCAGCAGAGGUUGAACAGCCAGAUACAGCAGCUCACCCUGCAGCUGCUCGUCAGCAUCUUCAGGGAAGUGAAGAACCACUUGAAUUACGAGCACAGAGUGUUUAACAGUGAAGAGUUUCUCAAAACGCGGGCCCCGGGGGACCAGCCAUUCUACAAACAGGUUCUGGAUACCUACAUGUUUCAUUCUUUUCUUAAAGCCCGGCUCAACAGAAGGAUGGACGCCUUUGCCCAGGCGGACCUGAGCUCGCAGUCCGAGGAGGACAGGGUGAACGGGAUGCUUCUGAGUCCAAGAAGACUGACCGUCGAGAAGAUGGCCUCCCGUAAACCCUCGGCCCAGCACGCGGCGCGCAGGCGCAUGGUGGUCAGCAUGCCCGACCUGCAGGACGUCGCCAGCCCCGAGCUGCUGCCCCGCAAUGCGUCGCUGCGGAAAGCCGGCCCCCUGGACCGCAGGGGCAGCGGCACAGCUCUGGAGGUGCCCCCGAGGCCGACGUUCACCUUCAAGAUGCCGGAGAUCCACUUCCCCCUGGUGGGCCAGUGCGUCCAGGCCUACCACUGCGACUGCGUGGCCCAGCUGAGCAAGGCCAUGGGCGCCAGGACACCUGGCAACUCCGCGCUGCUGGCCAGGUACUUGUACCUCCGGGGCCUCAUCCUCCUGAGGCAGGGCCAGCUGCUGGAUGCCCUCCUGGACUUCCAGAGCCUGUAUAAGACGGACCUCAGGAUCUUCCCUGCCGACCUGGUGAGGCGGGCGGUGCAGUCCAUGUCGGGGCCCGAGCGAGCCCAGGCUGAGCAGAUGCCCGAACUGAGGAGGCUCAUCAGCGACGUCCUGGAGCCGCCCGGAGAGGUCCCCCGGGCCGACGACGGUGUGAAGCACUUCGAGCUGCCGAAGACGCACCUGCAGCUGGAUGAGUUUGUGCAGCGGGUCCAGGAGUCAGGCAUCGUGAAGGAUGCUGGCAUCAUAAGCCGCCUGUUCGAGGCCCUGACUGUAGGACAACAGAAGCUGAUUGACCCGGAAACGUUCAAAGAUUUCUACACGUGCUGGAAGGAGACAGAAGCAGAGGCCCGAGAGAUCAGUCUGCCUGCGGAGGUCCUGGAGCACCUGGACAAGCACGAGUGCGUGUACAAGCUGUCCAGCUCCGUCAGGACGAACCACGGCGUGGGCAAGAUCGCCAUGACCCAGAAGCGCCUGCUUCUGCUGGCAGAGGGCCGGCCCGGCUUCACGGAGAUCUCCACCUUCAGGGACAUCGAGGAAGUCAGGAGCACCACGGUGGCCUUUCUGCUGCUCAGAAUCCCGACGUUAAAGAUCAAGAUGGUGUCCAAGAAAGAAGUCUUCGAAGCCAGCCUCAGGAGGGAGUGUGACCUGUGGCACUUGAUGGUGAAGGAGAUGUGGGCCGGGCGGAAGCUGGCCGACAGCCACAAGGACCCUCAGUACGUCCAGCAGGCGGUGACCCACAUCUUGCUGAUGGACGCCGUCGUGAACACGCUGCAGUCUCCUGGGGCCAUUUACGCCGCCUCCAAAUUGUCUUACUUCGAUAAGAUGAAGAGCGAAAUGCCCUUGGCCAUCCCCAAGACCACGGCGGAAACGCUGAAGCACAGAAUCAACCCUUCCGCGGGCGAGACCUCCCCGGGCGCCGUGGACGUCUUGCUGUACACGCCAGGGCACCUCGACCCGGCGGAGAAGGUCCGAGACGCGCACCCCAAGCUGUGGUGCGCCCUGAGCGAAGGCCGGGUGGUCGUGUUCGACGCCUCGUCCUGGACGGUUCACGAGCAGCGCUUCAAAGUGGGCGCGGCCACGCUGACCUGCAUGGUGGCGGUGGAGCAGAGCCAGGUGUGGGUCGGCUCGGAGGACUCCGUCAUCUACAUCAUCAACAUCCACAGCAUGUCCUGCAACAAGCAACUCACUGACCACCGCGCCAGCGUCACAGACUUGGUGGUGCCGGACAGGACGGAGGCACCCAGCCAGGUGUACUCCUGCAGCGUGGACGGGACCGUGCUGGCAUGGGACGUGAGCACGCUGCGGGUGACCCGCCGGUUCCAGCUGCCGAGUGGAGGGCUCUCGUCCCUCAGACUGCACGGCGGACGCCUGUGGUGCUGCACAGGUGCCAGCAUUGUGGUUGUGACAACGAGUGGUGUGCUCUGCCAAGAGCUGAAGCUAGACGAGACCUUCCAGGAGAGAAGCACCGCCUUCCUGGGCUUCCAGCUCCUCCCCGAGCAGGGGCAGCUGUGGGCGGCGUGUGCGGGAUAUGACGACGUCUUCAUCUGGGGCCUGGGGAACCUGGCCCGGCCCCCUCAGCGGCUGCGCCUGCAGGACUGCUCCGAGGUCAGCUGCAUGAUCAGGGUGAAGAAGCAGAUCUGGGUGGGCGGCACUGGGCUGUCGCAGGGAAAAUCCAAAGGGAAAAUCUACGUGAUCGAUGCUGAGCGGAGGACGGUGGAGAAGGAGCUGGUGGCCCACAGCGACACCGUGAAGACCCUGUGCUCCGCCGAGGACAGAUACGUGCUGAGCGGGUCCGGCCGGGAGGAAGGAAAGAUCGCCAUCUGGAAAGUCGAGUAAACUCGGUCGGUGGCGAUCGGGGCCGUGCUCUGAGCGAGGCCGGCGAGCCCGCUGCCCGGGGCUCUCCCAGCGCAGGCAGGCUCCAGACGGCCGGGCGGCGGGGCUGGCGGGCAGGCUUUGUCUCUCCUGGACUUUCCUGAUUAAACUGUACCAACAGCGUGGGGGACUGGGGUGCGUCUCAGGCAGGUGAGUGAAUCACCUUUGUGAUAACCUCUGUGAAGUUACACUGUAAAUUAAUCUAGAAAGUUUCAGAAUCCACAACCUGGGCCAGCACUGGAGUCAGCUGGAAGCAGUUAAGCAAAAUCAUACCUGACCUGCAGACUUCACGUCUCAUGCUGCCUUUCCUCUACUUCAUUCAUUCAUUCAUUCAUUCAUUCAGCAGACACGUACUAAACACCAGGUUUAUAGCCCUACAGCCUUAUGUUGAUUUCCUGUUUCCAGCAAAGCUUACGAGAACGGGUAUUUUUUAAGUGACCUUUUUGAACCUGCCCUUGCUGUUCCCCAUCAGGGCAGGUGACUGAGGCCUACCCAGGGAGGGGACCACACUGUAACAAGGCUGCCUGGACAGGAGGGUCUGGGGCAGCUGAGGCAAGCUGUUUUUUCUUUUUAACUAAUGCAGAAUUUUUUUAACGAAGAAACCUAGAGAGACUUUUUUCUACCAAAGAUCAGACCAAAAGGUCCCCUCUGCACUGGCCUGUGUAACCGUCCCCCAGUGAAGUUGCUGCCACGUGAUCACCUCUCACUAGAUACCGAUGUACAUUUCAUUCCGCUGGCCUCUCGUGUGUGCUGUGUAUGUAUCUGCAGAUGGUGCUUUAUAAUUUAACAAAAAGUGAUCUUAUUAGCUAUAAAUAAGUGUUUGCAAAAAAGACACUUUGCACAUUCUUACUAUAGUAUUGAGGUUUCACUCCCUAAACGUCCAGCAAGGAGCCUUUCGCCACGGUCGCUGGGCACGGAGGGAGCAUCUGCUUGCUGCUCGCGUGUGGGCCCGGGGCCCGUCCCCUGUGGGCCCAGCACGAGUCCAGUCACAGGGGCUGCCGAGCCCUUGGCCCUGGGCUUUCGGGACCUGGACAGUGUCUGCACCAGGCCACACUCAUCGGGGUGCUGCUCGGGCCUCCAGAACAGGGCUCUGUGUCGGAAGCGUCUGCGGGCCUCUGACUUGAUCUACAGGAUCCAUUUAGAAAGGUCAGACCACUGACCGAUGUUUAGGGGCGCAGGGAACAGCCAGGCAGCCCAGUCCCCCCAAGUCUGCUUACCGAGAGGGUGUGUUCCCAACUUCUAGAAGGAUGGCUUGGCCAGCAGCGAAGGGCAGAAGGUUGAGUUCUGCUUUUGUAAACACAUGAAAAAUUCCAGUAAAAGUCUGUCAGAAAUUAUUUAAUGCCACAUGUAACCAGGUAUUUUCACCUUGUCGAUAAUAAACUGUUGUUUACUAAA